CAAAAAACAAAAAAGACACGGUUUCUUUUCAGAGUCAUAUUCUUCUUCUUCUUGUUCCUCUAAGCUCUGAGAUUCAGAUCCAAAAAAACCAUUCAAGAAUCUCGAAAAUGGCGACGGUGUCCCCUCUGGCCAAAUACAAGCUCGUCUUCCUCGGCGAUCAGUCCGUCGGCAAAACCAGCAUCAUCACCCGCUUCAUGUAUGACAAAUUCGACACAACCUAUCAGGCUACGAUUGGAAUUGAUUUUCUGUCCAAAACAAUGUACCUUGAAGAUCGGACAGUUCGUUUGCAGCUUUGGGAUACUGCAGGGCAAGAGAGAUUUAGGAGUCUCAUUCCAAGCUACAUCAGGGAUUCUUCUGUUGCUGUAAUCGUCUAUGAUGUAGCUAAUAGACAAUCAUUUUUGAACACUAAUAAAUGGAUUGAAGAAGUAAGGACAGAACGGGGUACUGAUGUCAUUAUCGUGCUUGUUGGGAACAAAACCGAUCUUGUAGAUAAGAGACAAGUUUCUAUAGAGGAAGGAGAUUCCAAAUCUCGGGAGUUUGGAGUCAUGUUCAUAGAAACCAGCGCCAAAGCAGGAUUCAAUAUCAAGCCUCUAUUCCGUAAGAUUGCUUCUUCGUUGCCGGGGAUGGAAACCCUUUCCUCCACAAAACAGGAAGAUAUGGUUGAUGUAAACCUGAAGCCCACUGUUAAUUCAUCCAACGCCGAUCAGCAAGGAGGAGGUUGUGCAUGCUAGGCUAUUCAUUUUACUGAAAAGACAAAGAGGAAGCAGUUAGUAUAAUUCAUGUUCAGCCAACAUAGAUCUGAUUUGAGUUUUGAGGUUGUAUCGUUUAGGGGCAUAGUGCUUUCUGUUCCAUUUGUGUAAUGAGGUUAUGUUAAAGUGUUUAUAGGAACACUAAAGGUACGUGGCAAUUGUUCCAUUUGUGCUAACCUACUAAAUUGUGACGAUUUGGAAUUCAGUGUGUUAUAUUUCCAUUACUAUUAUAUUCCAUUCGGAUGAUGUGAAAAGAACCCUCCAUAUGAUUUUACAUCAUUUCUUAC